AAUCAUGUGAUUGACCACGUGAUUCUUAUCAGUUCAAAAUGGCAGAAGGGUCAAAUCGUGGCAAUUUGCAUGAUCUGGCCAGUUCGUCGUCGCCGAAAGAAAACAGUGUUUAUAACUUGGUGCAAACAAGGAAAAAACACAUAGAAAAUCCACCACGUGAUAGAAACAACACCAGACCAGCGAUGGAGAUAGGCCCAUUUGUCAGUGCUGAGGUCGAUAAGGCAGUAGAUAGUUUCAAUGUAGAAACGUCAAAUCAUAUGUGGUCGAGAGAGGCGGAGCGUGACGAUUUAUUGUUUCAAGAUAGUGACAGCGAUAACGAAUUUGUAUGGGAUAGUGCACGUGGUUCUACGAUGCCUAAACUCGACUUACUGGAAAAUGCACAGCAGGAAAACCCCGAGACAGAAAUAAAUGAUAGACUCAUUAGAAACAAUUUUGAUUCAAGGGAAAAUGACAGACUGCUAUCCACGUAUUCUGAUGGACUUUACAGUGAAUAUAAUGGUCAUCAGAACGGAACUGUGGUUCAGAUGGAGGAGGAGGAUUCAAUGUGGCACUGUCAUCAGGACACACCUGCACAGGUAGACAGGGUGGCCAGGAAUCAGCUAAUUGCCAUCAGUGUCAUCUGUGUUAUCUUCAUGAUAGGGGAAAUUAUCGGUGGUGUGUUUUCACAUAGUGUUGCCUUGUUUACUGAUGUUGCUCACCUGGCUAGUGAUCUCAUUAGCUUCCUCAUAAGCUUAUUGGCUCUCUACCUUUCAACAAAACCAGCCACAAAGAGGAUGUCCAUGGGAUACUACAGAAUAGAGGUACUUGGAGCCCUGAUCAGUAUUUUGAUGAUUUGGUUGGUCACUGGGGUUCUAUGUUACACAGCUGGUAAGAGGAUUGUCACAGGAGACUACACUUCCGUGGAGCCCACCUAUAUGCUGGCUACUGCUGUAUCAGGAGUUAUAUUCAAUGUCAUAAUGGGUGUUGUUCUGAUAUCCCAGAAGUGUGGCUCGGCUGCCUCUCAUCUUAAAUUUGGUCAUUCCCACGGACAUGGUCAUUCCCAUGGUAACAGACACUCUCAUUCACAUGGUCACUCCCAUAAUUCCCUUACCAUAAACAGUGACCGGCCAGACAUUGCAUACAGUCCACUACUGAGUCCGGCUAGUGAGGAAGAUCUGACACUUUCUGAUGAUGCCGAAAUGCAGAGUCCAAUCACAAAACAUGAAAACAUUAACAUCCGAGCAGCCUUUAUACAUGUUGUAGGGGACAUCAUCCAAAGCCUAGGUGUGCUCAUAGCUGCACUUAUUAUCAAAUUUACAAAUGGAGAGGAGUACAAGCUAGCUGACCCCAUCUGUACCUUUGUCUUCUCGGUUCUAGUCAUGAUCACCACAGUCAAAGUUCUGAGGGACACACUUCAUGUUGUUAUUGAGGCUGUGCCAAAAGAUAUUGAAUACCAUAAGGUGCUAAACGAUAUCAGAUCAAUUCCUGGUGUUAAAUCUGCUCAUAGUCUGGCUCUGUGGGCCCUGACUGUAGAUAAAAAUGCAGUAACAGUUCAUAUCUCCAUUGAUGGCUCAAAUGAUCAUCAGAAAAUUCUGGAGAGGACAUCUAGGAUGCUGAGGACAAAAUACAAAUUUAUCUUCACAACAAUACAAGUGGAAAUGCAUCAGUCUACCAUAAUGGAGUCUUGUCGUCACUGCAGCAUUCCAAAUAUUUAACUCACCGUGCUGUCAUAAUGGAAUACAGCUUCUAGAGUGUGUUCGAUGUGUUAUUCCAGUUACUUCUGAGGGUGGAGCAAGGUUUCAGAUUCCCUUUGUGUUGUGUAACAUCUGAGAGCUCAAUUAAGGAUACCUCAUACUGUAUUAGACAGAAAUCCAUGUCUUUAUAUAUUACUUGAGAGAAGGUUUACACAUUUAUUGAAAAAAUAUUGAUAUGAUCCAGGAUGACUUUAUUUUCAGUGAACCGUGGCAGAGAACAGUUGUUCAAAGUUAAAUAAGAACGAGAAGGUAGUGUUUCAGUAGAUCUGCUCAUUAUAUAAGCAAUUCAAAACAUUCCCCCAGGAAAGUUUUUCUUGUUCCAAUGAUUAUCGUGUUUUCUUUAAUCAACAGUAAAGGUGCUGUGAUAUUUUGAGAAAUCAGUCAAUGUGAUAGUUAUUCCAUUUUGUCUUCCAAGGUUGAAUUACAUCUGUGUUGUUUGUCAAGCUUGUUUUUUUUUAAUUAAUUUUAUUGAUUGUUAAUCAGUGAUUUUUUUUUUUUUGCCUUAAAAUAUUGUGCUUGAUAAUAAUCUAAUCAAUACUAUACUUUUUUUUGAUUGGUACAUUAAGCCAGCAAA